GACGUCACAUCCGUAUAAUCUGAAGGGCUCUCUCCAGCUCAGUCUGAACAAUCGAUAGCUCUGUUCAACAAGCCUACAUCGGAUAUACUCGCUGGAUCUGUAUUUUGUCCUUCGUCUGGAUUAAGGAUUAACUAAUCAUGGGUUUAGGAAGCUGUUACACCUGCAUCAAGUAUUUGAUGUUUGCAUUCAACUUUUUGUUUUGGUUGCUGGGUAUGGCAAUUCUGGCCAUCGGCAUAUGGGUUCGCGUUGAUCCCAACUUCAGCCAGUUCAUGGACCAGACAGUAAGCAGCAACCCAACGUAUGUAGUAGCGUACCUCUUCAUCGCCAUCGGCUGCAUCGUAGUUGUCAUUGGGUUCUUCGGAUGCUGUGGAGCCAUCAGAGAGAGCCAGUGCCUGCUAGGUUUGUUCUUCAUCAGUUUGUUCAUCAUCUUCUGUGUUCUCCUCGGCGCUGGCAUCUACUGUGUGGUUCAGAAGGACAGUAUCAAAGGCGUGGUUGGCGACUUCCUCCAAGAGUCAGUGAAUGAUUACGGGAAUCGACAGGAGGCCAAGGAUGCAAUGGACAAGAUACAGAAAGAGCUGGACUGCUGUGGGUCCUCACAGGGAGCUGAUGAUUAUCCCAUCACAGGCCAAAUCCCACCUUCAUGCAAAACAGAGAAUUACCAACGGCCCUGCGUUGAUGAACUGUUCUCCAAGUUGUCGUCUCACCUCAUCAUAGUUGCUGGAGUUGCUAUCGGCGUUGCUCUAAUCAUGAUUUUGGGAAUGAUCUUCUCGAUGGUAUUGUGUUGCGCCAUCAGAGACGUAAAUGCGUGAGCAUCGAUCAGCUGGGGAGAAUAAAGAGUUACUUUUCUAUUUUGAGUGCUUGGUUCUGUCAUAGAAUGAAUUAGUUAAGAUAACGAACCUAAACACUCUGGAAAGUGAUUUAGGUCCUAAUCGCUCUUAAGAGAACUGUUAGAUCAACUAGUUAUGCUUGUAAGUGUUUUACAAAGGAGGUUUUGUUUUGUUGUUUGAGAUUCCGGGCAUUUCAGUGUAGUCAGAAGAAGAUGAUUGCUUUUGGACAUAUUAUAUGUAGUUCCAUUAUUUUUUAAUAAGGAAGUGUCUGUGUAUAUAAAUUGUAAAGUUAGUGUUCCUAUGCCAGCAGCAACGUACGUCUAUAUAUAUAUCCUUCAGCAUCCAUCGCUUGGGGUAUUUUGAUCAGGAAAAGAACAUCUUUUUGACCUCAUCUCAUCAAUGAUCUAGUUUUGACCUUGACCUCGACCUGUUUGUCAAGGGUUAUUGUACAUUUUGACAUGUACCACAGCAUGCGUUAUACAGUAAUUUUACCUGUAUUUAUUAUCCCAUCAUUUGCCAAUAUAUUCAUCCCGCUUGUGUAAAUUUUCUGUAUUUAGUAUCAAAAUCUUUAACUGAAAUCAAAAUAUUUAAUAUUUUCAUGCUUUUAUUUGGCAGUUUUACUUUUCGAGACAAGGAGCUUUGAUCUUUGUUGUGUCUUUUCAAAUAAGUAACUACCCUACAGUAACUAUUUGUAGGUUGAAGUCUAAUACGUUUCUAAAAGCUCAUUUCCAUACCCCAUCCCAGUAGGACAACGAAGAUCGCGUAAGAAUAUUUUCCAUAGGGUACGGAAUGAUAAAAACGUAUGGUGUGGUUGAACAAAUGAACAAUUUCAAGUCAUUCAACCGUGUGAACACUGUGUAUUACCUCAAAUCAGUAUACGAUCUGACAGGGAAGUAGGCUCGAUUUACGUUGUCGAUAAAGGGAGAUAACUCGAACUGGCUUCCUCAAGAUAUGGUGACACCCCAGACCGAGAAGUUACAGAACUGAAGGAUGUUAGAUAUUGGCAUAGAGACGAUAACAGAAGAGUGACGAUAUGGUUUUAGAAAUGACUAGUGGCCAUUACAACGUUGUAAUGGAAGGCAGCAUGUUGUUAGUUCUUGUAUAUUGUUGUGUACAGAGUUUGUUGUGCUUAUAAGACUUGUCUUGGCUCAGCUGGGUGGACAUCUUUUUAUAUUUGAAAAACCUGAUAGCAAAAAUAUCUUUUAAUACCAAUUGGUAUUGCUUACAAAUUAUUCAGUGGGAUUGUUGUCAAUUCCUCCUUUUCUAAAUCUAAUACUUGUAUUUGUGAUGUAUUUCAACUGACAGUUUCUACUAAACAACAGGGGGAGAGUUUCUGUGUGUUCAAUCCUCAACCACGUCAUAUAUACUCAACAACAAAAGUUACGGAACACCCCCAUAGUUCAUAUUAUGAUUCAUAUUAUACUUAAAUACGGAAUAUUGGGGUGGUUCGUCACUUUUUUUUAGUGUGUGUGGUUUUACAUGUACCACGUGACUGUAAGACUCAUUGGUUAAUGAGAAAUAUACACCUGCAAUGGACGUGAUGAGUCUGGCGGUGGUUUUCAGUGUGGAGGUUUAAGAUAUACAUGUGAGUCAUGGAGAAUAUUGUCAAGCUGCUGGACACAACAAACUGUUUCAUUCUUUUCUUAUACAUUAACUGAAGCCGUUAUCAUGUGUGAAUUGCUCAGAAUCCGCAAUCCAUUGAACGCAUUCACGACAAAAUCCCAUCACCGGAACAAAAUUAAUUUAUUGAGCGGUAACUGGUUGCCUUACUACGGUCUAUACGUAUUUUAAUUGAAAUCGAAUUCCUUAUUGCACUCUUAUCAAUUGUAUUAUUUCGAUUUAACCUUCAGUGACAUCCGGGUAUGUUUUGUUUCAAAGGUUACUGCUAGGGUUUUAGAAAUUACAGCGAUGUAUUUUGCAUUCAUUUUGCCAAUGUUUUCAUCGUGUGCGAAACAAUAUAAUCCACCUACCCUGAGACCUGUCUAAACAUCCUAUAACCGUUGUAUCAUCUUUGUAUCAUUCUAUCACUAUUUGUAUCCUAGAUAGACAGUAAAACUGUAAUUUCGGCAGGUACUACAAACAUCUCUAUGUCAGUACCCAAUGUUGUCGCCAACAUCUAGUUUUCCUGCAGCGGCGCAGUGUCUAGUGUGCAAUAUCCAAUUAUGUGUUGAAGACAAAUAUCCGAAAGAAUCUUAUCUUAAGUCGACGAAAUCGUAUCACCAUUUGAAGUUAGAUGUAAAUUACGAUUUUAAACUAAUUUUUCUUUUUGUGUUUUGGUUUCGUCACUAUUUUAGACUACAGUGUAGACACUGACUUUUGAAACUUUCUUUUAAAAAAUCGACAUACCAUGGUGUCAUUUCCUUGUGUUGGUUAUGAUAAAUCACCCAAUGGGCUGGCAUAUAAGUUUUGACGGAAAUAAUGUUCACUUGCGUAUAAUUGGUAAGUUUUGGCAAUAAUUUAGAAAUCAAUUAAAACUGUCUCCCAACAACAAUGUGUAUAUGUUGGUUAUCUGUAGUACGUGUCUUCUGAACAAGCGCUUUGUGCGCAUGCGCUGUCUGAACAAGGUGUUGUGAAUUUUAAAGAUAUUUUCAGCUUGUCAAUAUGCCAUGUUUUCUAUUAAAAUAUCUCUCAAAUGA